AUGCACCUUUCGCAACAAAAUAAUGAAAUGUUUACGCUGCUACUCACUUAUUUACGCGAUUUCAUUGUGUUGCCAUGGCUAUUGUUGCACUUGCUGCAUUUCGUUGCGUUUACAGUGCCACCUGAUAUUCUUGAUUAUCCAACCAGCACCGAUAUGGUGAUACGAGAAGGCUCCAAUGUUACGUUGAAAUGCGCAGCAGUUGGCUCACCAACGCCGACCAUCACGUGGCGGCGCGAAGGAGGCGAACCCAUACCACUGCCAAAUAAUUCAGAGGUGAUCGCCUACAAUGGCUCCUACUUGACCAUAUCGAAGGUGAAACGUUUAAAUAUGGGCGCAUACUUGUGCAUCGCUUCAAAUGGCAUUCCACCAACGGUCAGCAAGCGAGUAAUGCUAAUUGUGCACUUUCCGCCCAUGAUUUGGAUACAAAAUCAAUUAGUCGGCGCUGCUAUUGGCCAGAACAUUACGCUCGAAUGUCAAUCGGAAGCAUAUCCGAAAUCCAUCAACUAUUGGAUGAAGAAUGACACAAUCAUUGUGCCUGGUGAGCGUUUUGUGCCCGAAACAUUUGAGACUGGCUACAAAAUAACGAUGCGAUUAACCAUAAACGAUGUUGACACACUGGAUUUCGGUUCAUAUCGUUGUGUGGCAAAGAAUUCGCUUGGCGAUACAGAUGGCACAAUUAAACUCUAUCAUCAACGUUUCAAUAAAAAAGUUCAUCGCACAAAAUCGAAUGCAGCAGAUACGCCAUCAUCGUCGGUGAAUAAUGUCUUUGUUGGUGCCACAUCGAGCUUAUGGAAUUCACAGGACCAUGGCGCGGGGAGGGAGCAUCAUCAAUCACCCGAUCACAGCAACUACCGCAGCGAUGCGAAAUCGGCUACAAACAAACAUGACGCCGAUUUGCUGACCGACGACAACGAAGCCAUACACGGUGCUGCCUGUACCACAGCUAGUACGCAUGCGCUGGUGCGUUAUGUAGGCGUGGCGCUAUUUAUAGCAUUUUGUGUGCGUGUGUAGCAAAUAUUGAGUCGAUAUUAGCAGGAGAAACAACAAC